UUAGCCUCUGAGCUGACGUUGAUCCCAGGAUACACACCAUAAGGUGCAAAUCUGCUUUUUAAUGUAUGUGGGGGGGUUAGUGUGUGUGUGGCCGACGGUAUCUAUUGUUGCAACUAUUGUUUUGUCCUAAAAGCCUCAGUUUGCCUUUUAAGUGGCGUUUUGUGGCUUUUCAGGGCUUUGGGAAUCAGAUAUGCUGCUUUCAUCACAAGUCAGGAGGAUAUGGAGACUGACAGACAAGCUGCAGAGGAUUUGACAAACAAAGAACUGAUCCCUGAGGUCUGACUGAGCCCAGGAAUGGCCCUCACUGAACUUAAAUGGAGUGUGUUUCAGGCCAGGGCUCUAGUCUGCUCACUUUUGGUCGUCCUGUGUCUGCACACAGCCACAGGAAUGUCAGGGUGGGGUGGAUGUUUGGACGGUCAGGAUGUAUAUGCGACAAUCAGAGAAAACAGCCACUCGGGAGAAGUUGUUGCUGAACUCAUGGCUGAGACCACAAUGGAGGGGGUUAACUGGAGCCUUGCUGGAAAGGAUGCUGAUUGGUUCUUCUUGGAGGGUAGAAGCAUCCGGCUGAAGUCAUCAGCCGAAAAGGUCCUUGACUUUGAGACUCAGGGUCCUGUUCUAAUGGCUGACUUGUCAUGUUAUGAGGAUGACACACUUCAGAGUGUCUACAGGAUCAUGGUGGAGAUUCUCAAUGAGAAUGAUAAUUCUCCUGUGUUUGCAGAAGACACCGUGCAGUCUCUCAUUAUCAGCGAGCUAACUCCAGUGAACACUGUGGUGUUAACUAUCCAGGCCACAGAUGCAGAUAACGACAAGAUCAUUUACUCUAUUGACCAGGCAUCCCCUGAUGCAGAAUACUUCAAGAUUGAUCUCCCCAACAGCGGAGAGGUGAUCCUGUCCAAGCCUCUGGACUAUGAGACCAAAACCCUGCUUAAUAUCAUCAUCCAUGCCUCUGAAAUGAGCACUGCUGAGCGCUUUAAUACCAGCAGCAACAUCACCAUCACCGUUCUGGAUGGAGAUGACCAGUACCCACAGUUCCUGCCCUGCAUGCUACUUUUUCAGGAUGAGAAUACUCACAUCUGCACCAGCCCUGUGUACACAGUCAAAGUCACAGAGGGGGAAGAGGACAUUGUGUUGGACUUCUCUCCUGGUCCCAUUCAUGCAGUGGAUGGAGACAGAGGCCUCAACUCUUCACUCAGCUACGCCAUUCUCUCAGGAGACGAUGAUGGGCGUUUCCUAAUGGACGCAGAAACAGGGGUGAUGAAACUGAUUCGGGGGGUUGGAGACAGACUCACAACUCCAGAGCUGCAUCUGCAGAUCAUGGCAUAUCAGGACGACGACCCCAGAAAAUAUUCUGUUGCUACAGUGUUGGUCAGAGUUCUGGCUGUGAACAAGUUUUAUCCACGGUUUGACAGGGUUGAAUAUCAAGGCUUUGUAUCUGCCGGAAAUAGCCCCGCCUCUGUGGUCUAUACCUAUGGCAGCAAAGCGCUGAUGUUACACGUACAAGAUCAAGACUUUACCCAUGGUUUCAAUCCCAUGAUCCACUUCACCUUCAGUCCUACAUCCAAUCACACAGACAUCUACCAAAUCACACAGGAGGGUAUUCUGAUCGCUAGGACCAAUAAACUUAAAGCAAAACAGAAACACAUUCUAAAGGUAAGGGCUAUAGACCAGGACUCAGGUGAUGCCACCUUUGCUACUGUAAUGGUGGAGGUGUUAUUUGAAGGACAAUCAAUCCCUAAUAGUCCACUGGGAGAUAAUCCAAUAAGCUGCACUGUGGGCAAAGCGAUGUUUUUGAGCAUGGUGUUCAUGACUGCACUUGGAUGUAUCCUGUCCAUGGUGAUGUGGCUGAAGAAGAAACAAAAAGGAAAGAGGGACCCACUGCAGAGAGGCUGUGUGGCCCAGGGCAAACACCCCAAUGUGAGUUUACGGUGGUUCCAACUGGGCAGUCACAAUAGCAGCAUGACAAACAUGGAGGAAGCACCAUACAACAAUGAAGAAUAUGGAAACUGCAAUCCUUCCUUCAGCUUCUCAGACAAUCCUGGGAUCUACACCCACCAAAACCUCCCCCCCUGCCGAGGACCCCUUCCACCCAGAACAACCGCUGCACCCGACACCAGCUUCAUCCCCAAUGAAACUGUGCCCAGCCCUGUGAUCUUCAACAAUAAUGUUUCUGCACCAAUCAAAAUCUCCUCCAGUUCUCAGCCAGCCACUGUGAAGAUGAGCCCCACACGAAAGGUUCAAAAUAGUGCUCCACCCGAAGAAAACCCUGACUCACCAAAUGAUACAUCCCUUGACCAUACUGAGGCACAACCUAACACCAGUCCUAGCCCUGGUUCUCCUGGUGAGACUGACACUCCACCAUUCACCUUUCCUGAUUUUCAAACUUCAGAAACAACCACCAACGAUGACCCUGCUGACCCUGUGACCAGCCCCUCCUCUCAAUCCAGUAUUCCAUGCAGUCAUACGCGAAUUUCUUCAGCAGAAAUUGACAAACCCUUCCGCAAACCUCGUGUGAAGACACCCCCAUAUUCACCCCUACUGCCCUCGCCCCCACCCACCCCAGAGCAUGUGUCUUUGAAGGCCACACUUGUACUUAUAGAUACUUCUCCUUUAGAUACACCUCCAGUAACACCAGAGCGAACAUCUAUGACCCAAAGCACAGACGUAGACCAACCCUCUACAUCACUGGACCAAACAGAGCAAUCGGAGCUGCCGGGUGGGGCUGCAGACACCGAAAGUCCAUUUGGGGACAGGAGGCCCUCGACGAACUCAGGAAAUGAGCAGGACGGUUGCAGGGCCGGGGGUGUGGAUGAUGAUGGUUUUCUGGGUGAUGAAGAUGCAGACAAGAACAAUGAGGAGGAGGAUGAUUUAGCAUCAGACGAAGAAGAGCUGCUGAGGGUGAUGGCUCGUUGUAAUCCUAUGUUUAUCACAUUUACUACUAAGUGAUGUCACUAUAAUAUUGUGUGAACUGAGAGGGAUGGGGCAGACGAUGAGAAGGUAAACUGAAGAUGGAUGACAGACACCAGAUACGUCAUUGAAAGAAAAACUACAGUGUGGUUCUGCUGUGCUGUAGGAACUAAUGAAGCAAAGGCAGAAUACAUAUCUAUAUGUAAACAUAGACAUUUACACAAUUAGAACACAUGUUGUUAGACUGCGUAUAUGAAAGGAAUGAGGGACCUCAAAUGCACAAUGCAAUUUGAAAAACACUCUUUUAAAUCAAACUUGUCCGUUUUUUUAUAAAUUAUGAAAGGAUUCAUCAAGAAUACAUCAUUAACUGCAAAGUUAGUAUAAGUAGAACAGCCUGAAUGAAUCAAACACAUUGUCUGUGAAUGUCUACAAAU